AUGACAAGACGCUGGCUGCUAUUCAGUUUGCUCCUCUAUUUGGGUGGCCAAGAGGCCUCCACGGGUGUAAUAGAAAACUUUAGUGAUGGUUUGAAAAUGGCUGGACAAAUGUUUGGCAUUAAUACGGCCGCUGACGUGGCCAAUUUGGUGGCCAAGGCUUUCUCUGGCAAAUCUAUGGCAAACGUUCCUAACUUGGUUAGUUACUCGCAGUAUGGCUUCCCAGAUCAACCGAAAAACAACGAUGAAGAUGGAAAGGAAGAGGAUCAAUCUGAACAGCAAUCGGAAAUGGAAAAUGCCCAAGAAGAGCCACCGGUGAAGAACAGCCCCCGAAAAAAACCUCCUCCAUUCUCUUUCGACUCCGGAAAAUUAUUCACAAAUAUGCUAAAGAUGGUCGGAUUUGAUACCCAAAAACUUGGAGCCCUAGCUUUGAAUGCCUUGAUUAUGGUUGCACAGGCGAUUGGCAGCUCUCUGAUGCAGGUCACUCAAGGCGGCGGAUUAUCAUCGGUUGAUGCUUCGGAAACCCUGUACGAACCCACCGACCAUAGACCACGAUCCCUAUCCAUGGGCUCUCCCAUUGAUUGGUUUAUGCAACGAUCAGAUGGAUAUAGCAAAAAACUUUUGAAGGAUAUAAUGGAUCGGGAUUUGCCCGAAUAUAUUGUUGAAAUGAUCGAGGCCAAGGAGAACCCGGCGGAGGGUAAAAACGCCGGCUGUUUGAAGCUUUUGAUGUGCAAAGGUAAACCCAUAAUUUGGGGUAUGCAGAAUUCGCUGAAGAAACGUCUAGCCGGAGAAGAAGAAGAAAUGGAGAGCUACCUAAAUAAGCGAAUCUUCUUUAAAUAUUUGCCCAGUCUUGCAGAUUUCAGGGUACACAGUGCUAGCUGUGAAAAGAAAUAUCAAGUGGACUGCCCAAAGAAUGCAACUACUGGAAGUUAUUUCUAAGAAAAUAACUUUUUAUCUUAUAAUUAAUUAUUUCUUAUUGGUCUGUCUUGGUGAUUGGUCUUUUAAAUUUUUUAUCAGGUCCAAAAUUGUUAUGAUUUGUUUUCAAAAGUCUUCAAAAAUUAAAUAAAGAAGUCAAAUUACAGCCAGAAAAAUAUAUUUUAAAAUUAGUCCGAAUAAUUUUCCACUGAUUAUCAUUUGUGUACCCAACAAACCCUGACUACUUUAACCGUUUAAUGAUGAGUUCGACAUUCCGAUUUAGUCAAGGAUGAUUACAGUGAUAAGAGCCAGCCACCGGGGAUUCAAAUUCCGGCCUAAUGUCCCAUGAAACGACCUCUAAAAUAAAAAUGCAACUGCCCAGAAAAGUUGUGUAAUUUGCAAAAUAGCAAGUUUGUCAACUACCGCCUUCAUUAUCGCCCCCGGCUGAUAACUAAUCUAAAGGUAUUAUAAAACCUCAUCGUGGCUUUACAAUUUCUUGAUCUAAUCGCCUAAUCUGGGCGUUCCUACGGUCAUGUACCAUUUAUUUCUACGUCACAUCAAUAUCACUAAAGCGUGGCCUGAUAAUCAAAUUUAGAUUUGACCAUUCAAAGGGAAUGCUAAGUAUAAAAAGUAAUAAAUGAAAUACAUUUUUGCAUUGCGAAAUAUAGUUUAACUAACAUUGGUAAUUCCCUUAUCUUACUUUGUUCUUGGACCUUUCUUAACAAGGCCGUUGCUUAUCGAUUAAUGGCUUGGUAAUAAUGAUUUGGGGAAUACGAAAUAGUAAAAAUGGUAAGUUAAAUAUUUAUAAAUUUAUCUAAGGACUUGACAUUGACAUUCGGACAAGGUUGUCAUUAGCUUUUGCAGAUGGCAAACCCAAUAUUUUGUUGGGGUAAACACAAAGCUUAAACCCAAACAAAAACUUAAAGAGGGAAGAAAAAAUUCGAAAAGACAGCGCCAUCUACCGUUCGAGUUGGUUUUAAGCCUUGUCAAUCAAGACAGACAAAUGCAAUUGACUUAUGCAUAAUAAUUGCUGUAAUCACUUUUAUUUUGCUGUUUACUUUUCGAAAUCAUUACGCAAAAGGCGGCAUAAUGAACACAUGCCACGCCCACGGCGCCUACGACGCCGACAGACGAUUGCAUGUGGGCUAUUUAUAAAGCAACCGCACUUGCCGCCGAUGAGCCAUUCCAAGCCCCAAACGAUAAGCCAAAGUCAGAGGGCAGGUGUUUGAACUUCGGCAAGGUCAACAUGCUCAAGAUAAUUUGCUAACGUUUCAUUGAUGCUUCUGCUGGCACCGCAUUUUUGGUUUCUUUUCUUUUUUUUUGGGGGGGUAAAAGGCUUGUGCAUUUUAUUAUUAACUCAUAACUGAAAGAUCUCAAAGAUCACACACGAGCUAAUUUUUAUAUUUUAAUGCCCAGUAAUCAUAGAUGUUGUUCUCCUAAUAAUUUGUGUUUGAGGAAGUAAAUGAGAAAAUUCCAGAUAUUAUCCCCAUGUUUUGAAAGUCUACAAAUUACAAACAAGCAAUAAAAAUAGAAGACUUAUACUCUUAACUGAAAUAACUCCUAGUUACCAAGCUGUCUGAAGCCGACAAUUAACGCAAAUUAAAUGAUUUUGCCUGUUUUUUUAUUUGGCAUCCCAGAUAAGAUACGAACUCAGUUCCAAGUAAGGCUGGGUAUAUUGAUUGGUGGAACACCACAUUAAAUAAAAUCUGAUUGCUCUAAAUGAAAACAUUUUCUUUUAAAUUGAAAAAGAAAAAACUGAUUAAAUUGCGAAACAAGCCAUUUUUUUUUUUUGAUAAUCAGAAAUACAAUUUUUUUAUGAGAUGGAAUACAAAAGUGUUUUAGUUUAUAGUUCGAAUUAACUGAUAACCUUUUGAAAUUACGUGUUGAAUUUUUUACAUGAUAAGAAGUUAUUUACAGAGGUGUAUUUGCCAUAUUUCUGGGUUUUUAUUUUAUUGACAACUUGUAUAUUUCUUUUGUUUUUCAGUUGGGUGACAAAAUUGCAUUUUAAUUUCCGGAUUCGAUGUAAAUUUAUUUGAAAUAAUGACGGACUUAUACAAGGGUUUUUCAAGCAAAAGCGUAGCUAUUUUUAGAAAAACGUUAAACUAUAAGAGAUAACUGUUUGAACUUGGCCCAAAUAUGGUAUUACAAAAUGAUAUUCUCAAUGAAAUCUAC